AUGCGCUUCGCCCUCACCACACACGUCCUGGCCCUUGGCCUCGGCCUAGUCUCCGUGAGCCAGGCGCACGAGAAGACGUGCUGGGCACCAGACGGCAAGACAAAGGCCGACAACGAGACAUACGUGCCCUGCAACAAGCUCGGCAUCGAGGAGGACGGCGUGCAUUCGAGCUGCUGCAACCUCGACGGCAAGACGGACGAGCGCGACCUCUGCGCCCAGACGGGUCUCUGCAACAACGACGGCAUCCUGUGGCGCGGGUACUGUACGGACCAGAGCUGGGAGAGCGCCGCCUGCGUCAACGUCUGCACAGACGAGUCGAAGGGCGGGAAUGUCACCGGCAUCGUCAUGCUGACGCCGUGCGGCGACGGGCGGUACUGCUGCGGCGACACGACAGCCUGCUGCUCGGGGGAGGACGCCUUCUCCAUCCCCAUCCAGGAGGAGGUCAUUCAGGGCGCCACGCACAGCUACGAGACCUACAAGCACGCCACCAUUGGUCUAGCCGCGGUUUUUGGCGUCGUCUCGCUCGUCGCGCUACUCGGCAUUUUCUGGCUUCUCAAGAAGAACAGGUCCCUCAAGGCGCGACAACAGGCAUCCGCGCCGGCCAUGAGUAAGUCGGCAGUGACAGCGCAGCAGCAGAACGUCGACCCGUAUGUUCAUGACCAAGAGGAUAUGCUGUGCACCGACACGACGAGCAUGGCGUCGCCGCAGCACACCCAGUACCAGAUGUACAAGCCGCCCAUGUCGCCCACGAUGGCCGAGGUGGACAGUAACCCGCACCGCUACUCGGAGCUGGAUGCCACGGGGACAGCGACGAACACGACCACGACGGCGGCUUCACCGCACAUGAGCUAUAAUGGUACCGUGUCGCCGCGGUUUGACGCGCCGUCGCAUGAUCGAUCGUAUGACGGGCAUCGAUAG